AAUAAACCUUUUUGAGGGUGUAAAAAUGAACCGCCCUGCCCCCGUGGAGAUCUCUUACGACUGCCUGAGAUUCCUGAUAACGCACAACCCCACCAACGCACAACUGGGAAGGUUUAUAGAGGAUCUGAAGAAUUAUGGAGUCAACACCCUGGUGAGAGUGUGUGCUGCUACAUAUGACAAGACUCCGGUGGAACAAGAAGGUAUUCAUGUCCUGGAUUGGCCAUUCGACGAUGGUUCCGCCCCCCCGGACCAGCUGGUUGAUGAUUGGCUGAGCCUGCUUCAGACAAAGUUCAGGGACGAGCCUGGCAGCUGUGUGGCUGUGCACUGUGUGGCCGGGCUGGGACGGUGAGUACAACGGGACACGGGAAG